UCUCGGACGCGCGCGCGCGUGUGUAUAUGUGUGUAUAUGUGUGUAUGUGUGUGUGUGUGUGUGUGUUAUGGGAUGGAUGAUGGAUGAUGGAUGAUGAGCGCGAGAUGAAACCGUCAGAUCAUCAAACGCGAGGGAGGAUCAAACGGUGGAGGAGUUAACGGGUCAAACGGGAGAUCAGUGAGCCGGGGGGCUCAUUUGCAUACGUCAAGAGCGCGAGUCAUUUGCAUACGGGACGUAUUUAAAGGCUCGUGCGUCAGGAAUAAGGAGUCUUAUUAAGCAGACUAGAGAACACACACGCACACAGACACGCACAGAGACACGCACAGAGACACGCACACUCAGCUCUCCGGUAACUUUUCUCGUGAUGAUGGGUGCGCUCGUGGUCGGUGGUCCCGGUAGCAGCGGCGGCAGCAGCAGCAGCAGCGGAUUCUCUUCACACGUCUCCGUCGCGACUCCCGGUUCUCUCCUCCUGCACGCGCACCUGGCCCCGGCGGCGGAGCGGCUCUCGCGCAGCGCGCUCUCGCCCCCCGCAGAGUUCGCGCACCUCCGCGGCGUCCUGCGGCGGCGGCAGCUUUACUGCAGAACCGGGUUCCAUCUGGAGAUCCUACCGGACGGAACCGUGCAGGGCACGAGGAAGGACCACAGCAGAUUCGGUAUUCUGGAGUUCAUCAGCCUGGCUGUGGGGUUAGUGAGCAUCCGUGGGGUUGAUAGUGGCUUCUACCUGGCCAUGGACAGUAAAGGGCAUCUGUACGGCUCGGAAAAGCUGACGGCAGAGUGUGUUUUCCGUGAACACUUCGAGGAGAACUGGUACAACACCUACUCGUCCAACCUCUACCGGCACGGUGAGCGAGGGCCGCACUACUUCGUCGCUCUAAACAAAGACGGCACUUCACGAGACGGCGCUCGAUCCAGGAGGUACCAGCGCUUCACGCACUUCCUCCCACGACCUGUCGACCCUGACCGCGUGCCCGAGCUUUACAAAGACACCCUGGGACAACGCUGAGACGAGGUUUGGGUCUCAGCGAGGCUGAACAUCAAUGAAAGCCCUUUGGUUUGGGGUAUAUAAGAUUACUCCAGCUUGGGAGAUACACUCCUGGAAUGAUCUGCCAUUUUGGUGGGUACAAUUGAGCAGAUAAUCUGUUAGCACUAAACAAUACCAAACAUCCAUAAAUCCCUUUUUUCUGGAGGAUAUACGGUCACUCUGGUGGAAGAGGACAGACUCCAAGAGGGAUUUGUCUUUGUCAUUGUCAGGGGUAAGAUGGUCUAACUGUUGGACCUGAAGUUCACCGAACAUCCAUCACGGUUUCUGGAGAAUGGAAGACUACUCUGGUGGGAAACUGUAUGGCUGUAUGGAGGCAGAUACAUGGAAAAAAAAAAAGCUGCCCUCAUUUGGUGCAGAAAAUGAACUAUUUGUCCAGCUGAGGCAAAACUGUUGGACCUAUACAUCCAACAUCCACAACAGCCACGCGUCCUUCUGGUUGGAGCAAAAAAUGUCCCUGGGGUUGAGAAGACAUCUAGGAAAGAUCUCCACAGAACCCUCCAUCCUGGAGAGUAACUGGCCAAGUCAAGGGGACGCACUUCUAGAAAGAUCUACCAUGAUCUAGGGUUAUAUUGACUCAGUAAUCAGCCUGUUGGACAGAAAGGAUGUUGUACAUCCCUAAGAGCCAUUCCUUACCCUGGUUUGGGACAAUACCUGGAGAAAGGCAGGUGGCUCAGGUGGCAUGUUAGAAAACAUUGAGAUAGUGAGGCAACUUUAUUCAAGAGAUCAGGUCAAGUGGAUGGAGCUUCUUCUGGGAAGAUGUUACUACUUCUGGAACAUUCUUUAAAACAAGGACAUUGUCAGACACUCCUGAUUCGUGGAAAUGGAGACGGAAAGGGAUCAGGAAAAAGUUCCCUGUUCAAGCAGCAUCUUUUGGGUAUCGGAAAACGAUGGGACAGUCAAUGAUCUACUACUGAACUUUCUGGAAAGCUUCUGAAGGAAUUUCCAUCACUGUCAAGACUCUGUUCUGUUCAAACACUGCCAUCAAACCUCUACCAAACAUUUCAUUUUUAGUCUAUAAUUUAUGUUUUUUUUAAAUACAUAUAUUUAUUUUAUAUAUUUAUUUAUUUCCAAAGUAUAUUUUUACAGUUUUAUAGAAUUUGUCAAAAAAAGGAAGUUAUUUUCAAGACACUGAAUUAUCCUGAAAAUAUUUUCAUAUAGGAGUUUUCGAGCUGGCUUGACUCUAAUUCUGAAUUCUGCUCUUGUUUCAUUUUCACAGCCAUACUUGAUUUGUUUCUUGUUUUCUCAUGUCACACACACACACAAACACACACACACACACACACACACCCAAAGCAAGAUCUUUCCAGAAUGUUCUGGAGCUCAUUCAGGAAUUAAAGACAGUU